AUGUUUUCUACUCUUUUCGAUGCUAUCCGCGCCCGGACGGUAUGGCUGGUGUCUCCGGCGUCGACGCUCGCGGCGCUUGCCAUUGCCUCGGUAGUCGCCAAAGCCGUGGUCCUGGUCCUGGAAUCGCACGAGAAAUCAAACUCCAUCAUAGCACCAAAGGAGGCAUACGGACCCGAGAGCACCAGCAGCGUGUUGAACCGAAGCAUCUUUUUCUGGCUUAACCGCGUUGUAUGGAACGUGGCCGUGGCGACUGGCGCCUACUGGUACCAUCACUACCGGGUGCUCACCAUGAUUCGCGGAUGUUUGGUUUCGGCCAUCGGUUGGCAGACGUUAAGGAUCAACAUCUAUGCAAUGAGCGAUCCCAAAGCCCCCGUGACAUUGAUGAGUACGGAUGUUAAGAGGAUCCUAUUCGGGCUGCGCAGUUUCCACGAGUUCUAG